UAAGGAUAAUACUACGGUGGUAACAUAAUAUUCUUUUGGCUUUAGGCUCGUACACCCUUUAUCUUUCUCUUUCACCUUUGCUUCUCCUCAACGUUCGGUAGCCUAAAAGUUAGCCCUAAUUGAAAAAAAAUAAAAUUGAGAAAGAGAAAGGGAAUAAAAGAGAGAGUUUGCAUUUACAAGUAUAGGUAGAGAUAGCUUACGGUUAAGAGAGGGAAGUGGGUUCAGUGGAUUUUCUAGAGAGAGAAGGGUGUGAUGGCCAAAAGUCUCAUGAACAAGGCUUUGGCCUCUUAUUCUUAUUCUUGGUGUUGAGUGGUGUUGUGUAGAGAGAGAGAAAGAGGGUGUGGUGGUGAUUCCAGAUGCUGUGGAAAUGGGGAAAAGUGAGCAACAGCAUGUGCAGGAAGAAGGGCAGAGUGGUGGGAGUGAGGUUGAGGCUCCACUCUGUUGGGUCCUUCUUCGACCAUUCAGUUUCAAGUGUCUGUUCCUUCUCCUUCUCAGUUUGUCGGCUUUGAUUUCUUCACUCUUUUGGGUUCUUCCCAGGCACAACGUUACUUAUAGUUUUGAUGCAAGAGAUGUAAUUAAGCAAAAUGCUGCUGUCCAGACAUCCUUCAGACUGGAAAAUCCAGUUUCACAGCUUAUUCCAUAUAUUGAAACGUUAGAAUAUGAUAUAUAUGGCGAAAUAGCUCUACCAAAUACAAAGGUGGCUAUCCUGUCCAUGCACCAAAGUAUUACACCUAACUGUACUGACGUGGUGUUUGGUGUUCUGUGUGAUCCGAUGAACGGUUCAAUAAAUCCAGUGUCCUUGAGUGUGCUGAGAUCAUCUUUGAUUGAACUGUUUCUCAAGCAAUCCAACCUGACUUUGACACCACCAAUAUUUGGGAAUGCAUCGAUAUUUGAAAUCUUGAAGUUUCCUGGAGGAUUAACUGUAAUACCACCGUACUCUGCUUACAUUUGGCAGAUGCCUGAGGUUCUGUUUAAUUUUACUCUUAAUAAUUCAAUAUCUGAAAUACUGGAGAAUUUUGAUGACUUCAAGGAAGAAUUGAAGUUUGGAUUGCAUCUAAACUCUGACGAGAAUGUGUACGUGCAAAUAACAAAUGAAAAUGGCUCAACGACAGCUCCUCCAGUAGUAGUCCAGGCUUCAAUCAUGCCAGGCUUUGGUAGCCUCUUGCCCCAAAGAUUAAAACAAUUAGCUCAAACAAUAACAGGUUCUGCUGGCAAAAAUCUUGGCCUUGAUAACUCAGUUUUUGGCAGAGUUAAAGAAGUCAGACUAUCUACUUUCUUGAAGAAAAAACUUCAUGCAUCCUCACCUUCUCCUUCUCCAGCUCCAUCCCCACAGUUAAGUGAUCACUCUGAGCCAUCAACUUCACCACAUCCUGCUAGUCCGUACUCUCCAAUAUCACCUGCAACUGCUGAGCCAUCUCCCUGUUUUGACUGUGAAGUAUCUUCACCUGCACCAUCUGUUGUGCCUGAGCAUCCUCCUGAUCCUUGUCCAUAUAGUGGCUUCGUACAUCAUCCCAUCUCUUCACCAAAAUCUUAUUCUAAACCAUCCAUUUCCCCUGAUUAUUCACCUUCUGCUGCCCCCACCUCGAAUUCUGCCAGCCACACUACUGAAGAAGCUUCUGAUCUGUAUCAUGGAUCCAAGCGUCGGCAGGGUAUAGAAACAUCUAAAAAAUUGGUGUCUCAGAUGCAUGCUCCAUCCUCUAUAUCAUCAGCGGGUGGUGAUUUCCGAGGGGAAAUAUUGCUAAUGGGACUUUGUAUGCUGUUAAUUUCUUUUUCUUUUUGUCAAUGAUACCACAUCUGAUGAUAUGGAUGUUGCCUGAUGAAGGAUCCUGGAGACAUGCAAGGGAUAAUGAUGCUUUGCAAGUUUUGUUCAGACUACAGAAGGAAGAAGCUUCCUUUGAAUUUUAAUUUGCCUUAAUUUUACUUGAAGCAUGCAACCACCAUGUAAAGCUCCGGUGGGUAAAGGGUCAAAGCCAGAAAAUUGGCAGGCCUCUCAUCUAGUACUAUAUAUUCUAUGAAGAAUGAAAUUGAUCCCAAAGGGGUCAACUAACAAACAGCGUGAUCAAGAGCAAAUUGGCUUUCAGAUGUCAGAAGAACCAUCCCUUGUAUUCGAUCAAGCGUAUGAUAUGCAAAGAAAUGUGGGUUCUUUCAGCAUCUGAAUCUGUAAAACAUCUACAGUAAUAUCUAGCAAAGAGAUAAAUUAGUCACA